AUGCAUCCGGAUCCUGGGCUCUUCCUGGCACUGCUCUUCAUCACUGCCAUGGGCAUCGUCUCUGCAGCAAGCUCAGAUUUAACUCCACAUUUCAUUUCCGAGCCCUCGUCCACUGUCCAGAAGUCUGGUGGCCGUGUGCAACUCCGCUGCUCUGCUGAGCCCUCCUCAGCUCUCCUGUCAUGGCUCUUCAAUGGGGAGCCUCUGGACAGCGAGGUGGGAGAAGUGGAAAUCCAGCCAGGAUCUUUGACAAUCAUCUCCCUCAGCCUGGCAACAUCUGGGCUCUAUCAGUGUGUUGCAAACAGCAGCGUGGGUGCCGUUGUGAGCCGGCCUGCCACGGUAUCCAUGGCCAGUUUAGGUGACUUUGAUGGGUCGGUGAAGCCCGUUGUGGUGGCAGAGGAAGGAGGCACAGCUUUCAUCGGGUGCAAGGUCCCAGAAAGCCACCCUAAGGCCCAGGUUCGCUUUCAAGUGCGAGGGAAAUGGCUGGAGCAAUCCAGAGACAACUACCUAAUUCUUCCAUCUGGAAACCUGCAGAUUCUGAAUGUAUCUUUAGAAGACAAAGGAUCCUAUAAAUGUGCAGUGUACAACCCAGUUACUCAUGAGCUCAGAACAGAACUCACUGGACGUAAGCUCGUAGUCACCCGCUCGUCCUCAGGUGGCUUCCACAUACUUCACCCCCUGGCACCCCAGAGCCUGGCAGUGCCGCGGCACAGCGCUCUGACUCUGGAAUGUGUCGUCAGUGGAGCCCCUCCAGCCUCCAUCCGCUGGGUUAAAGAGGGCCGGGAUGUGCUGGGAAAAGGCAGGUGGAAGCUGCUGCACUCACAUCUGGUGACAGACAGGCUGGAGGCAUCCGACUCUGGAAAUUACUCCUGUGUGGUGGGAAAUGGAUUUGGAGCAGUGAAAUACGUGAACUACUCGCUUACUAUACUUGAACCUGCCUCCAUCUCCAAGGGACUGCAAGAGGAAACGGCGGCUGCUGGAGCCACUGUGCACUUCUGGUGUGAUGUUGAUGGAAGCCCUGCUCCAACCCUCACCUGGCUCCACAAUGCAGCUCCCAUCCACCCCUCUCCACGACGUCUGCCGAUGGGAAGCAGCCUGCGGAUCCGUGGUGUCACCCAGGAGGACUCUGGCUUGUACCAGUGUGUGGCAGACAACGGGGUUGGAUUUGCACAGUCCACUGGCAGACUCCAUGUCCAGCCAG